CUCCGGCCCCUCUUGCCAGUCCCCCGAGCGCUCGCAAGUCCCUGAGGACCGAAAGAAUCCUGUGUCCUUAGCAUCGCUGCCCCCAGGGAGGCCGGGGCAGCGGGGAAAGUGUCCUGGUCUAGGGCGGCUCGGGCUGUCGGGGCCGCUGCGCUGGGCUUUGUUUUUUGUGCCCACGUCGCAAGCACUCUAGGCAGACCUGGAUCUGGGGCUCCGGGCAGUGGCCCGCGAGCUGGUUGGAGAUUGCUGGCACCCAGCAAGACAGGGGAUGCGAGAGAAGCCUAUGGGUAACUCUGAAAGCCCUGCAAAGCCGGGCAAGCGCUGGCAGCGCGACUUUGCAAGAUGCCCAAAUGUUGAGCUGAUUUCUGGCUUGAUUAUUUCUCUUUAUUCAGAAGCAUAAAGUUGUUUGCUGAUUGCAAGAAGAUGUUUCUUUGGCUCUUUCUGAUCUUGUCAGCCCUGAUUUCUUCGACAAAUGCAGAUUCUGACAUAACGGUGGAAAUUUGCAAUGUGUGCUCCUGCGUGUCCGUGGAGAAUGUGCUCUAUGUCAACUGUGAGAAGGUUUCAGUCUACAGACCAAAUCAGCUGAAACCACCUUGGUCAAAUUUUUAUCACCUCAAUUUCCAAAACAAUUUUUUAAAUAUCCUCUAUCCAAAUACAUUCUUGAAUUUUUCACAUGCAGUAUCCCUGCAGCUGGGAAAUAAUAAACUGCAGAACAUUGAGGGAGGAGCUUUUCUUGGGCUCGGUGCAUUAAAGCAGUUGCACUUGAACAACAAUGAAUUAAAGAUUCUCCGAGCUGACACUUUCCUUGGCAUAGAGAACUUGGAGUAUCUCCAGGCUGACUACAAUUUAAUCAAGUAUAUUGAACGAGGAGCCUUCAAUAAGCUCCACAAACUGAAAGUUCUCAUUCUUAAUGACAAUCUGAUUUCAUUCCUUCCUGAUAAUAUUUUCCGAUUCGCAUCUUUGACCCAUCUGGAUAUACGAGGGAACAGGAUCCAGAAGCUCCCCUAUAUCGGAGUUCUGGAACACAUAGGUCGCGUGGUCGACUUGCAACUGGAGGAUAACCCUUGGAACUGUAGCUGUGAUUUGUUGCCUUUAAAAGCUUGGCUGGAGAAUAUGCCAUAUAACAUUUACAUAGGAGAAGCUAUCUGUGAAACUCCGAGUGACUUAUAUGGAAGGCUUUUAAAAGAAACCAACAAACAAGAAUUAUGCCCCAUGGGCACAGGCAGUGAUUUUGAUGUGCGAAUCCUGCCUCCAUCUCAGCUGGAAAAUGGCUACACCACUCCCAAUGGUCACACUACCCAAACAUCCUUACACAGAUUAGUGACCAAACCACCGAAAACUACAAAUCCUUCCAAGAUCUCUGGAAUCGUGGCAGGCAAAGCUCUCUCCAACCGCAGUCUCAGUCAGAUUGUGUCUUACCAAACAAGGGUGCCUCCUCUUACCCCUUGUCCAAUGCCUUGCUUUUGCAAAACACACCCUUCGGAUUUGGGACUGAGUGUCAACUGCCAAGAGAAAAACAUACAGUCCAUGUCUGAACUGAUACCGAAACCUUUAAAUGCCAAGAAGUUGCACGUCAAUGGCAAUAGCAUCAAAGAUGUGGACAUCUCAGACUUCACCGAGUUUGAAGGACUGGAUUUGCUCCAUUUAGGCAGCAAUCAGAUUACAGUGAUCAAGGGAGACGUGUUCCACAAUCUGACUAAUUUGCGCAGGCUGUAUCUCAAUGGCAAUCAGAUUGAGAGACUCUAUCCCGAAAUAUUUUCAGGCCUCCAUAACCUGCAGUAUCUGUACUUGGAAUAUAAUUUGAUUAAAGAAAUCUUAGCAGGCACCUUUGACUCGAUGCCAAAUUUGCAGUUACUGUACUUAAAUAACAAUCUCUUAAAGAGCCUGCCCGUUUACAUUUUUUCUGGAGCACCUCUUGCGAGACUGAACCUGAGGAACAACAAAUUCAUGUACCUACCUGUCAGUGGGGUCCUCGAUCAGCUGCAGUCUCUUACACAGAUUGACUUGGAGGGCAACCCGUGGGACUGCACUUGUGACUUGGUGUCACUAAAGCUGUGGCUGGAGAAGUUGAACGACGGGAUUGUUGUGAAAGAACUGAAAUGUGAGACGCCUGUUCAGUUUGCCAACAUUGAACUGAAGUCCCUCAAAAAUGAAAUCUUAUGUCCCAAACUUUUGAACAAGCCAUCGGCACCAUUCACGAGCCCUGCACCUGCCAUCACGUUCGCCACCCCGCUGGGUCCCAUUCGUAGUCCCCCUGGUGGCCCCGUGCCUCUGUCGAUUUUGAUCUUAAGUAUCUUAGUGGUCCUCAUUUUAACUGUGUUUGUCGCUUUUUGCCUUCUUGUUUUUGUGCUGCGACGAAACAAGAAACCCACCGUGAAGCACGAAGGCCUGGGGAAUACAGAGUGUAGCUCCAUGCAGCUGCAGCUGAGGAAGCAUGACCACAAAACCAAUAAAAAAGACGGACUGAGCACAGAAGCUUUCAUUCCACAAACCAUAGAACAGAUGAGCAAGAGCCACACCUGUGGCUUGAAAGAGUCGGAAACCGGAUUCAUGUUUUCAGAUCCCCCGGGACAGAAAGUCGUCAUGAGAAAUGCUGCCGACAAGGAGAAAGAUUUAUUACACGUGGAUACCAGGAAGAGACUGAGCACAAUUGAUGAGCUGGAUGAAUUAUUCCCAAGCAGGGAUUCCAAUGUGUUUAUUCAGAAUUUUCUGGAAAGCAAAAAGGAGUACAAUAGCAUAGGUGUCAGUGGCUUUGAGAUCCGUUAUCCAGAAAAACAACAAGACAAAAAAAACAAGAAGUCACUGAUAGGCGGCAACCACAGUAAAAUUGUGGUGGAGCAAAGGAAGAGCAGUGAGUAUUUUGAACUGAAGGCAAAACUCCAGAGUUCCCCUGACUACCUACAGGUCCUUGAGGAGCAGACAGCUUUGAACAAGAUCUAGGUCAUGCAUUCUUACUUCAUACAGAGGACAUUUAUUUAAUGAUGAAAGUGCCUUUUGUUGACUUGUAACUUCCAAAUAGUAUAUUAUCAAUAGGCAUAGAGGCAGGUGUUUCCAAGGGUGUCUCAUUAACUGUAGCUGCAAAGAUGUGUCCCGUAGAAGAGAAUUUCCUUAAUAGAUUUUACUACAAAAAAAACCUAUACUGUGGAGUCCUGUGGGGAUACUGCAAACUCUGUUGCAAAAUCUAUACUGUGGAGUCCUGUGGGGAUACUGCAAACUCUGUUGCCAAAGGGAUGCUUUAUAUACAUAAUACGCUGAAUUUGACCUCAAGAGGCAAAUCUGUUUUGUACCCCAACGCAAAACCUUCGUCUCUUUGUGCUUUGUAAAGCAAACUCAAGAAAACUGGUACCAGUGUUCGCACCUCAGCUGGGUCCUUCAUCUUGCACGUAGAUUAAGUUGGUGGAACUGGAAUAAUCCUUUUGAUUUGUGGCAUUGUAACAACUCUGUGUAAAGAUUAUCUGAAAA